CGGUUCAGUGGAUUUUAACCUUCAGUUCUCGGCUGGGCAGAAGGACCUUCUGUCUCCCGCAGCGCCGUGUGUUUUUUUGUAUAUGUGUGUGUGUGUUUGAGGGUGUGUGUGUGUGUUUGAGCCCACAGGCCUGGAAACAUGAGGCGUCUGCUGCUGCUGCUUCUGGGGCUCGUGCUCCUCCGUCAGGGCCGCGGCUUCGAGUUUGUGAUAGACGGAGAAUGGGAGGACGAGGCGUCGCAUCUGCAGGACCAUCGUGAGAGACACAAGCGAGCGAUAUUGACCAGCGAGGAGCAGGAAGACUUUGAGGCCAUCCGCGGAGAUGACAUCACCGUCAAGAGCUACAAGGUGGAGAGCCGGAUCACGUCCCGCUUCGCCCACACCACCGUCAGGAGCUCGGUGGUCAACUCGGGCUCCAAAGCCCAGAGCAUCGGCUUCAACGUCCAGAUCCCCAAACGAGCCUUCAUCACAAACUUCACCAUGAAUGUGAACGGCAUCACAUUUAUGGGCUCAGUGAAGGAGAAGACAGUGGCCAGGAACCUGUACGCCCAGGCCAGAGCCAGAGGCAAGGCAGCUGGCAUCGUCAGGGCGAACUCCCAGGACAUGGAGACCUUUAAGACAGAAGUCCACGUCCCUCCCGGCAGCAACAUCGAGUUUGAGCUCCACUACCAGGAGAUGAUGCACAGGAAGCUGGGUUUCUACGAGCACUCGCUGUACCUGCAGCCGGGGAGGCUGGUGCCGCAGUUCCAGGUGGACGUGUACAUCUACGAGCCCAAAGGAAUCUCCACAGUCCAAACAACAAACACCCUGGGAGAGGAGCUGACACAGCUGAUCAAAAUGACAUCGUCCAAAGACAAGGCUCAUGUUGUCUUCAAGCCAAACCUCCAGCAGCAGAGGAAGUGUGAUAACUGCACAGGAAGCGCCAUCGACGGCGUUUUCUCCGUCCGAUAUGAUGUGACCAGGGACAGCAAUGCUGGUGAACUACAGGUGUCUGACGGACAUUUUGUCCAGUUCUUCGCUCCCUCCAACCUCUCGCCGCUUCCUAAAAACAUCGUGUUUGUCAUUGACGUCAGUGGAUCCAUGUGGGGCGUCAAGAUGAAGCAAACGGUGGAGGCCAUGCAGGCCAUCCUGGACGACCUGACCAUCGACGACCACUUCAGCAUCAUCGACUUCAACCACAACGUGCGCUGCUGGAGCGAGGAGCUGGUCUCCGGCUCGUCCAUCCAGAUCGCAGACGCCAAGAAAUACAUCCAGAACAUCAAACCCAACGGAGGUACCAACAUCAACGAGGCUCUGAUGAGGGCGGUCCAGAUGUUGGUGAGGGCGUCCAAUCAGGGGCUGAUCGACCCUCGCUCCGUCUCCAUGAUCAUCCUGGUGUCAGAUGGAGACCCCACUGUGGGCGAGAUCAAGCUCAGCACCAUCCAGAAGAACGUGAAGCGGGUGAUGAGGGAGGAGUUCUCUCUCUUCUCGCUGGGCAUCGGCUUCGACGUGGACUACGACUUCCUGGAACGCAUCGCCAUGGAGAACAGGGGCGUGGCCCAGAGGAUCUACGCCAACCACGAUGCUGCAGACCAGCUACGGGCGUUUUACAGCCAGGUCUCCUCCCCCCUGCUGAGGAGGAUCACCAUACAGUUCCCGGAGGACUCGGUGUCAGACGUCACCCAGAACCGCUUCGACAAAUACUUUGAAGGCUCGGAGCUGGUGGUAGCCGGGAAGGUGCUGCCGUCGGACAGCAACACCCUGACCAGCCUCACCACCGCGUCUGCCGCCCGGCUGGACAUCACCUUAGAGACCGACGCCGACACUGCAGAGCUGGACACCGAGCUGGCCAAGCAGCAGCACUCGUUCACAGGUUUCGCCAAACAAAUGUGGGCCUACAUCACCAUCAAACAGCUGAUCUCUGAAAGGUCUCUGGCUCCAACAGCUGCCAAGAAGAGGAAGAUCACCCAGAGGAUCAUGGCGCUGGCCGUCGAGCACCAGUUCGUCACUCCUCUCACUGCUCUGCUGGUGGAGAGCGAGGACGCCACGGAGAGGCUGCUGGCCGACUCCCCGAAGGACCCCAAGCACGGCUGCUGCUUAGGAGGAGGAUUCGGUGGAGGUUCGGCGUCCUCUGGUUUGGUUCCGGUCCCUGUGGUCUACCAGCCUCCACCCUGGGUCCAGAUGACCACCACAGCCCCCCCGAGUCAGGUGGCGAAGGGUCCAGAGGAGUGGGCCCUGCCUCAACAGGUCAACUUAGUGGAUAACGACCCUCACUUCAUCAUCCACCUGCGGAGAAGCGACACGAACGUCUGCUUCAACAUCGACUCCAAACCCGGUCACAUUCUCAACCUGGUGUCUGACAGCGGAGCAGGUCUGGUCGUGAACGGUCAGCUGGUCGGCUCUAAGAAGAUGAAAAAAAACAAACUCAACACCUACUUUGGCACCAUCUCCGUCUACUACCAGCCUGAUGGAGUCAGCCUGACCGUCGGCACUGACAGCAUCGCCAUGACCGACGGCGGGAACAACCACUCCUUCACCUGGAGCGCCACGGCGGAAAUCGUACAGGACGGAGUCAGAAUCUCCAUCGUGAAGAACUCCCACGUUUCCAUCGUGAUAAAUAAUAAUAUCCAGGUGAUGGUGCUGCUUCACCGCGUGUGGAAGAAAAACCCGGUCAGCGUCGACUUCCUCGGCAUCUACAUCGCCAACGACAACCAGUACUCCCCUCUGGUCCACGGACUCAUAGGGCAGUUUUCUAGAGAUCCUGAGCCGGACGUGAGCGUGUACGACGUCCACGAAGGAGUCGACCCUCUGAAGCGAGAGGCCACCAUGGAGGUGAAGGGCAACAGGCUGCACGUCACCAGGGGCUGGCAGAAGGACUACAGGACCGAUAACACGCACGGCUCAAACGUCUACUGCUGGUUCGUACACAACAGCGGGAAGGGCUUCAUCGACGGCCACUACACCGACUACAUCGUCCCCAAUCUCAACAGCUUCCUCCCGACGCUCUGAGCAGCUGGAGAUGCAUUCGAGUACCCUGUGCUGCUAUAAAUCCCCCGAGUCAGUGAGCUGACACGCAAAAUGAAAAGAAAAGAAAAAAAAAAGAGUGGAAAACUGAAGCCAGAAGAAAAGAGGGGACGACAUGAAGACGUUUUAACAUUUUGGUGUCUACAUUUCCUUUUUAAAAUGAUAAAUGUUUCCUUCUUUCCUAAUUGUUUUUCCGAAGAACACCAGGAGUCACUUUUGUUGAAUUUAUUAGGAGAAAAAUGUACAUCUGCAAUGUAAAGAUCUUGAACAUCGAUACAAAAUAAAAAAAAAAUUAAUUGAA